AUGGACUGAAGUUCUGUGACAGCAGAGGACCUUAUGGACACACUGCGAGAGGUGGACUGGUCAACACCGUCGUGCCCCAUCUCCGAAUUCUUCUCCCGCUUCACCACUCCCCGAUCCUACACGAAAUGGACCAGGCACCUCAAGUGCAACCUCUACUACUAUCGGACGAACUACUACAUCUUGGUAAUAUUCGUUCUUGGAAUGGGCUUUCUUAGAAAGCCAGUUGCCAUCCUUGCAGCUCUACAAGUAGCAACUGGCCUCAGCAUUGUGUUUCUGAAUGACAGUUUUGCAGUUACUUUCAAUGAGAAAAUGACAAGGAGUGUCAGACAAUUUUCACCACAUUUAGCCGCCAAGAUGAAGCCACCCAUAACGCCUGUCAUCCGAGGGCGACCAAGUAAAAGAAGACCGAUUCAUAUAUGUGGUCGACCUCGCUGGAUCUUCGUCCUAUUGUUUUCUGCAAGUUGA